AAUUACUUAACAAAUGCUAUUUACCUAAUAUAUUAAUAGAUAGACGUAAUUUGUGCGUCGUGCAAAGGAGACAAAGAGCGAUUGUAUCAAAUGAAUGAAUACACAUCAACAUUUUUUCUACCGGUCUCUUUGUUGUUUGCUGAUAGAUGCGUUACACGGUUUGAUCAUGCGUCGUUGAACAUCUAACUAAAGUGGGAGUAAUUGAGCAUGAAAACUUCAUGGCAUGUACUCGGACGACCUUUCUCAGUCAUCUGCCCGAUCAAUCAAUCGGCGAACUCAAAACUGAAUUUACGAAGGCGAGCGUUUCUCUUACGUAAAGUCCUGUAUCCUCUAUGGAAUCGUGCAUAUAUUCGAGUCAAUUAUGAAAAAAUAAUUUUGCUAGUUUGCAUCGUAUCGUUCGAAUCGCAGAUUGGGAUGGCUCGAAUUUCUCUCUCGAUUUUCACCGAAGGAAAGGGAGAAGAAAGAAAAAAGGGAAAACAAUCUCGAUUUUCGGGAUUGAAAGUGAAAUUUUGAGAAAAAAAUUGGGACCGACGUCCCGCAUCGAUUCGCGAUAUAUUUCAAGGAGAAAACCUUAGCGUCAGGACUGUCGUGUGUAAAAGCGGUUGGCUUCGGUCAAAGCCGAUCGAUACGCGAAGGCGGCCGUCAGACAGCAACCGGGGGUUGCCGAAACGCGCCGACGGCGGCCGAGGCGCGCCGACGUGAGCCGAGGCGCGCCGAACACGGCCGAGGCGCGGUUAGGAAGCGACGCGUAGUGAACGACGCGAGGACCCCUCUGCGGUGGACUCGCAGCGAACGGCGACACGGCGUACGCGUUCUCAACGGGCGCGGCUUUGCGUCUUGAAGCUGGCGUUUUACGUGGUAAAAUGUCCUCCCUCGACUACCUGGAGGUGUGCCGGUUGUGUCUCGUGAAGGACCGCGUCUCGGUGCCGAUCUUCGAGGGCGAAGGGGACGUGCGGCAGAUCUUCCUCAAGAUCACCGCCUGUUUGCCGGUCAAGGUGAACAGGGAAGACAAAUUACCUAAAAAAAUAUGCGAUGAUUGUGUGUAUAAAGUAGAGUUAUGUUAUCAAUUUUGGCAUACGACAGCGAAUGCUGAGAAACAGUUGCUGCAAUGGCUAGGCGAUGUAAACAUGGAAGACAAACAGGGUUACAAUGUUCUCAAUCCGAAUGGAAUGAAACCAGACCAGAGCAACGAGAACAGGUUAGAUGGUACUGUGAUGCAACAAGUGAGCGAACAUCAGAACAAUAUGAAUAUGGGUAUGAUGGACAACAUGGGUCUGAGUAUGCCCAUGAUGAUGUCGAGUAAUGCCCAACAACAAAUAACCUCAGUUCCUAUGGACAACAGUGGUAGCUCUGUACAAAAUGUCCAACCAGUAGCUGGAUCAAGCACACAAACGUCACAUGACCAAAUCACACAGAAUCAAACAGACACGCCUACGCAACAAGAAGAGGAAGAAGAGAGUAGCGAAGAAGAGGAAAAUUCGGACGAUGAGUGCGAUGGAGAUGAAGGCCUACCUAUAAAGGAAGAAAGUGAAGAAGAUCCUAAUAAUAGUAGAACUAUAGAGCCUACCACAUUUGUUAACGUUUCGUUGGCGUGCGACGAGGCAGGCCCAUCCGGACUUCAACAACAGAAAAUUACCGACAUGCCCGAGAUGGUAAUGCCACAAACAGCAGAUGUGGAUCCAAAAACUGGGGUCGUAAAUGGAAAUGGACAUUUUCUGUAUGGCAAAGAAUCUAUUCCAAUGCUGCCAUGGAAAGUAGUUGAUUUGGAAGGAUGUCUCUAUUAUGCCUUCCUUCCAGCAAAUCAAACAAAAAUAAUAGAAGAGAAUCAAUGUGAUGGGAAACAAGAUGAAAUAUCGGAAAUUAACGAUGAUGAUGCGGAAAAUGCUUUUGAAAUUGAAAGUAACAGUGUGAUGUAUACGGAUACGUUGGAUAAUAUUUACACAGUAAAGGUAGAAGACGAGAACACAUUUUCGAUGGAUGAGUUAGCAAUUACGGACGAAGAUAAACCUUACAAUGAGGAUGACAAAGUUUAUGCUUGUGACGAAUGUAACAUUUGUUUCCCCGUAAUGCAGAUGUUAAAGUGUCAUCGAGAAAAGAUGCAUGAACAGGAUGAAAAAGAUGUAGAGAUUGUUACAUAUAGAUGUAACUUCUGUAGCUACGAGUGCAUCAACAAAUCGACUUUAAAUUCGCAUAUCAACAGAAAACAUUCCACGAAACGCGUGAUCAAACGGAGAAACAGACUUAAAAAAAUUAUUAAGCCACAAGAAUAUUCUUGCGAUGUAUGCGGAUUUAAAUGUCCAAGUCGACGUCGGCUAAAAGAGCAUCUCGCUCGCAAACAUGGAUCUGAAUAUAAUUAUGAUUGCGAAUAUUGUGAUAAGAAAUUCAAGGUGAAGAGCGACAUGAGAUUGCAUGUGCGCUUUAAACACAAGGAGAGUCCGAUAAUAUGCGAUGUUUGCGGCAAAACUUGCUCCAACAGCAAUUCGCUGUAUGUACACCAAAAAUGGGCGCAUUUUAAGCCCAAGUAUGAGUGCGAAAUUUGUAAGAGGCGUAUGGUCACGCAGGAGAAUCUGGAUCAGCAUAUCUUGCUGCAGCAUGAACGCAGAGAGAGCUUUGUAUGCGAAGAGUGCGGCAAGUCAUUUACAGAGAAUCAUCGAUUAAAGCAGCACAUGAUGACCCACACCGGCGAUCGACCACAUGACUGUCACAUCUGUGGUAAAGCUUUUGCACGUAGGACUGCUUUCAGGCAACAUCUGUUAAUUCAUACGGGAAAACGGCCGUAUGUUUGUGAUAUUUGUGGGAAAGCUUUUACGCAAAAACCUGGCUUAAUUUGUCAUCGAAAGUCUCAUCCUGGAGUGCAUCCUCCUUUGCCAGUAGUGCACAUUGAUCACAUUCUCAAUGAUUUUAUGAAGAAAAAGAAGCCGAUAACAGAUAUCCUUGUUGGCCAAGCGGCGUCGAACAAAUCUGGAGCGAAAAUAUUGAUCUCCAAACAUAAAAAAGAGAAGAAAUCGCAGGUGAAAGAUUGCGAAGAAAAACGCAAUUUAUUUGGCUGCGAUGUCUGUCCUAAACGUUUCCAGAGUCAGUACUUACUGAAACAGCAUAUGCUCACGCACAAAGCAGAGAUCGUGCGCGGAUGCAAAAUGGAAGUGGAAAAAGAGAAGUCGGCAUUAAUCGACGUAGUGCUGCGAAAUCAGGAAGCUCUCUCAUGCGUAACGUGUGACUUCCGCUGUAACAAGAGAUCCACAAUGAUCGCGCAUCUCGCUGAGAAGCACGAGGGAACCGUGGACAACAGCAAACUCAUUAGCAACAAGUUCACCUGCAUUGUGUGCGGCUUGGUGUGCGCUCGCAAGGAGACUCUCAGGUCGCACUUCGUCCGCAAGCACACUCAUCAUUUCAGCUACUCCUGCGAGCACUGUGGCAAGGAAUUCAAAAUCAAAGGUGAUCUUACUACGCACACCCGAUUGAAUCAUCGGGAGCCGCCGGUGAUAUGCGACGUUUGUGGCAAGACCUGUCGAAACAGCCACAGCUUGUAUACCCAUCAGAAGCACGCGCAUUACAAGGCGAAGUACGAGUGUCCGAUGUGUCAUCGGCGGCUCGUCACGCAGGAAAAUCUAGAUCAACACAUGCUGACGCAGCACGAAAGGAAAGAGAAAUCAGUAUGCGAAGAGUGCGGCAAGACAUUCUUCGAGAAUUACGAUCUGAAGAAGCAUAUGAGAAUCCAUACAGGUGAUAAGCCAUACGGCUGCACGAUUUGUGGCAGAAUGUUUGCUAGGCACAGUAGUCUGAGCCAGCAUCUUCUUUUGCACACUGGCGAACGUAUCUAUACAUGUGAUGUUUGUGGUAAAUCAUUUGCUCAGAAAGCUGGUCUUAUCUGCCACAGGAAGAUUCAUUCAGGCGUGUUGCCGCCUUUGCCCGUAAUACAUAUUGAUCACAUACUAAAGGAGUUUAUGAAGAAAUGGCACGGAGGCGCGUACAAUCCUCGUGGAAUUUUCAUCUUUGAUAAUGAAUCGUUGGUAAUGAAGAAGUGGCAAAUUUUGGAAUUUGAUGGCAAGCCAUAUUACGCUUUUGUACCCGAAGGUGAUACGCCUUUAUUGGAUGAGGAUAUACCAGAACAAUUAGAAGCGGAAGUAGAGGAGGAAGUAGAAGAAAUAGAAAAUGAGAUAGAAAAUUUUGAUAUAACUAAUAUGAAAGAGGAGUGUGACUUCGAGACUGAAGAAUACGAUUCUAUGGAGGAGAAAUUAUAUAAUGUUGAAACCGUCUUUAAUGGAAAUGGUGUGGAAACAGAGGAAGGACUGGAGGUAAAGCCCAUCACAUUAAACGGCGAGGCUAUGGAUGAUAAAACAACUGGGGAUUUAUACCAGGUGAGAGUAGAGGGCAGUAUGGUGACCAUCGAGAAACUUACGUCCAAUACGGAGACAAACGCGAAAGCCAACGAAGACCAGGCAGAAGACAUAAAUGAUGAUGAGGGAGAAAUAGAAUAUCUUGAAGAAGAAAUGGCUGACGUACCUAGCGUAUUGUCUAGCAAUAACACAUCUCCUAUGAAAACGUCUGUAAAGAGCUCCAGUGAGGCUUUGAAAUGUAAAUUGUGCUCGGAGACAUUUGACACUGUUUUAUCCUUUAGGAAACACGUAGCGUGGACUCAUAAGAAGAAGAUGUGUAUAAAAGAGGAUGGCGCUUUUAUAUGCGCUGUGUGCGGCUUUAGAACUUUGAAGAAGAGCUCAUUUGCCUCUCAUCUGGACAGGAAGCAUGAUACUUGGUCUAGGAAACGAUCUAGUAACACGAAAUUCCCUUGUGAUGCUUGCGGUUUUGUUUGUAGAUCAAAGCAUUCCUUGCAGUCUCACUUCACGAGGAAACAUACGGACAAUUACGAGCAUCAGUGCAAUUUUUGCUCAAAAAAGUUCAAGGUUAAAGGAGAUCUAACGAAUCAUAUACGGUUUCAUCAUAAAGAAAAGCCAAUCAAGUGUGACGUAUGUGGCAAACUAUGCCUUAACAGCGGCUCGCUCUACGUGCAUCAGAAGUGGGCGCAUUACAAGCCCAAGUACGAGUGUCACAUUUGCAAAAGACGUAUGGUAACACAAGAAAAUCUAGAUCAGCAUUUGCUGACACAGCACGAGAAACGUGACAAAAUAGUCUGCGCGGAAUGCGGUAAGACUUUUUCGAAAAAAGACUCAUUCAAGAGACACAUGGUAGUACACACGGGAUGCAAACCGCAUUCCUGCAUGAUCUGUAACAAACCCUUCGCGCGGCGGUCGCAGUUGCGCCAGCAUUUGCUCAUUCACACUGGCAAGCGGCCAUUUGUAUGUGACAUAUGUGGCAAAGCUUUCACGCAAAAGCCAGGUUUGAUUUGCCAUAGAAAAACUCAUCCCGGCUCGCAUCCGCCAUUGCCCGUGAUGCCAAUCGCGGACAUCGUUAAAGAAUUCACCGACGGAUACACGCAAGAAAUUAAUGCGCGAGAAGAGAACGAAGAGAUGAUCAACGAAGAAGUGUAAAUGUUUAGCUCGCGUGGAUACAUGUCAAAUUUUUUUUACCAGUUUCCAAGAAGCAAAAGUACACAAUUGUUAUGGAAUAUCAAAGCAACAUUGAGAAAUUUUAUGUAGGAACAGAAUAUUAAAAGCACCUUAGAUGAUAAUUGCAAACGAAAUUCUUUUUUAUCUGUUAUUUAUGUUUGUGCUCAAUAUCAUGUAUUAUUUAUGAUUAUGUAUAAUUUCCUUGGCUUCAAUAAUACAAUACUCUAAUCUUUAUAUUAGUCUUCCAGAUCCAUGUUUUAUUAUUUAUUAUUUGUUUUCUUACGCGUAUCUCUCUCUCACACACACACACACACACAUACACACACACCUUUGUUUUUAACAAAUGUAAAAUAGUGGAAAACUGGAAGCAAAAAAUAAAAUAGCCAUCAUGAAAUAAUGAAAAAUUGUAAAUCAGUAAAAUUGCGGUAUCGCGAUUCUGGAAAUUCGAAACAAAGAAAAAAGGAAGUGUACAAUACAAAUAAAAUAAGUAAAUUGUCGUUUAUAUAAAUUUUCUAACGAGAUUAGUUUUUUUCUUUAAAAAUAUAGUUUUAUUGUGAAAUUUUUCUGCAAUUAUCGCUAAUUAAUCUAAAUAUAAUUUAUGUUGUAAGAGUAUAUAAGCAUAUCAAAAAAUGAUUACAUUUAAUUAUGAAGUAAAACCACUCCUCUCAAUAGCAUACCAAGAAAUACGAACAUAUGUAUGAUAGAAAUAGUCUUGAUGAUAAGAAUGUGAUUUGGUUUGGGAGUUUGUGAUCCAUAAUGAUUUCUUUAUAUCCAAAGUUUAAAUGAAUUAGAAGGUAACUAAAUAUACUUGUAAUAAAUAGACAAAAUGUGUAUAACAUGUAUCUAGCAGUUGUAAAAAUUACGUAUUUCUAAGAAUACAGAAAUAUUGAUUUUACAACUUCGGUUAGCGAUCGGUUUCGAUAUAUUUCCCGUUAAAUAACAAAAUUAAAACUGUACAUUUAUUUGAGCCAAUAAAAUACAUUACAAUAUAUAAAA